AUGCAAAAUGGCCCCUUGUUGUUCUGUUUGACGAUCGUUUGUUAUUUCAAGGGACCAAGAAGAUCCUUAAACAAUCAUUAUAGGAACAGCUUGGCAGAACAUCUCUCCAUCACGACACAACAACUCUUGCCUCUUCAAGAUGACAACAAGAAACUUAAAAGAAACAUUAAAAUGAUGCAAGAUGACAACAAGAAACUUAAAGGAAACAUGAAAAUGGUGCAAGAUGACAACAAGAAACUUAAAGGAAAUGUUAAGAUGCUGCAAGAUGAGAACAAGAGACUUCAGGARCAAAUGUUGGAACUUAAAGACRAUCAAUCAAGUUGCAGUUACCUCUGGAAAGUCAACGAUUUCAGCCAACAGCUACAUCUUGCAAAGCAGCAAAACCGUGACAUCAUACUGUACAGUGAACMGUUCUACACUCACAAGUAUGGGURCAAACUGAAACUGAUGUUAUAUCCUAAUGGAGUUGGUGCUGGCAAGGGUACCCAUKUAUCAGUAUUCAUGRUUAUCAUGCGAGGUGAAUACGAUGCAAUAUUGACCUGGCCAUUUAAUUGGAAAUACAAGUUUACCCUGCUUGACCAGAGACCAGACCAUGUCAACCGGAAAAAUAUCGAUAGUAGUUUCGUUGAUCCUGAUGCUGUAAGUGAUGCUACGAGCUUCCAAAGACCAACAACAARUAUGAAUGCAGGGUAUGGAUAUCCUUGUUUUGUUUCUCAUGAUACUUUAAARACGRAGAACUACGUUCARGGUGGAGUCCUUUUCAUCGAAGYUCAGCUAGAAAGUCCUUCUCCACAAAGAUGAGAUAAUUUCAAGGACAAAUGGCCAUUUAAUUGCAAAUUCAAGUUUACCCUGCUUGACCAGAAAACACACCACACUACCAGGAAAACAAUUACUAAAGGAUUCGCGACGCCCGAUAUCAAUUUGCCUAAUUUUCAAAGACCAACAACAGGUGAUGAUCAGGGAAUGGGAUAUGACAAAUUUGUAUCUCAUGGAACAUUAGAUACUGAGAGCUAUGUUGUUGAUGGCGCACUUUUCAUCAAGUUUGAGUUGGAGAAUCCUUCGCCACAAAACUAAUAUAAGAUGAUUUCAAGCCGGACCAAGCGCCGAUCUUAACAAUUACAUGUACACAGGAAGACCAAACUAAGACCGAAAUAAGUUUGUCAGUAUUGCUGAAACUAGAA